AUAUGAAAGAUCUCAUCAUAUUUAAAAAAAAAAAAUCCCCGGACAGGGAUUAGACUAGUCCUAGACUAAAAUAAAUGUAAGAGGUGUCCAAUCUGAAAACAACUUGCACUGACAUAUCUUAAAAUACAUCAGUGCCCUUUGUUUUGCCUCAAAAUGCACACCAGUAAUGUUUUUAGUAAGGCAUGUUUGUUAAAACUAGUUAUAUUUCCUAAUUAAACUAAGGCCUAGUCCUGUCUUGAAAUAAUCCCUGUUCGGGAAACCUUGUGAUUUAGUUCCACUUCACAUACGAAAUCCAGGUAUUUUCUUAAGAAAUCUUUGUUUGUGAAAAUAGAAGUUUGCCAUAAGGAUAAGAAAGUUAACAGCUGAUUUUGAUUUUUUUUUUUAAAACAACCAAAUCCUUAAUGUGUAAAUUACAAUUCACAUACGUUUCUGAAAAACAAAAGGGACUCAAAUCUUUCCAGAAAAGUGUUGAAACAUUGCAUGAGAAAAAUAAAUGUCAAACAUCUUCACUUUCUUUUUUACAGAAGGUACAUGUCAGCUAAUCAUGAGAUUGUUUUGUCAUUGAUCAGUGUUGAUCAUUACAUCACUCAUGAUGAUUGACUGCAGGUGUUUCCGGGCCUUAAUGAGCUUAUAAAGCUGAGCACAUUCAUGCAGCGCUGCGUUACUUUAACGCAAUGCAAUAGGUGACAACAACAAGAAACAAUUUGUAAACAUGAUGAACGAGCAAACUGUGAAGAAGGAGAACGCGGUGCCGCGCCUGCAGUUAUUUAAUUGCGCGUUUGCUGACUGCGGCGCGACCUUCACGCGGCAGUGGCGUCUUGAAGAGCACAAAAACGCGCACAACGGCGCGCGACCUCACAAGUGUCCAGUUGAGGAAUGUGGACGGAGUUUCUCGCGUCGAUCACACCUGAGGCGGCACGCGCUAUUACACAACGGCGACAAAACGUUCAGGUGCACUGCGACUGGUUGCAGCAAAAGCUUCCUAACAGCUGAUAAACUUAAGAGACACACGUGUUAUAAACACGACACACGUGACUACUUCAAGUGCAACUUUCCACAAUGUGCGGAAACGUUUCGUAAGCGACGUGCGUUGAAACUCCACCAGGUGACGCACGGCGCGUCCAGCUUCAGAUGCUUAAAGGGUCGCUGUGCUAUGAAGUUCGAGUCUCACAUUGCUCUGAAAGCUCACAAGAAAAGACAUGCAGGGUAUCGCUGUCCUCAUGCUGACUGUCCUACCAGUGCACAAACCUGGGGAAACCUCCUGAAGCACAUGUCAAGUCAUCCAGUGUCAUACUCUUGUAUGGUGUGCAAGAAGAGCUUCAGGAAGAGAGAUGCUUUGAGAAAACACAAGCGCACUCAUGCGCUGCAGAAGCCGGUCCUGCUGUGUCCCAGUCAGGGUUGUCAGGCGUAUUUCUCCACCACCUUUAAUCUGCAACAUCACAUUCGAAAGGUCCAUCUGCAGCUGCUCUCACACCGCUGCGCCUUCCCUGGUUGCGACAAGGCCUUUGCCAUGCGGGAAAGCCUUGUCCGGCACAUGUUGCAUCAUGACCCUGAAAUGGCCAAAUUCAAGCAGCGACACAAGCGCAGCAGCAAGAGCUGGCAGAAACGUCUGGAAGGGCAAAACCGACGUCCGCUGGUUGAAGAUCUCCGUCAGCUCUUCUCGCUUCGCAUGAACAUCGCUCACAAAGUGAAACGUGAAGCGAAUCUGACGGGUCUCUUCAACGAACGCAAGAUCCCUCACCGCGUUGAUCCUGAAGUCAACCUACGGGACCUCUUUAGCAUCAGGCCACCUCAAACUAAACAGGCUGAUAGAAAAUAAUGACUGCAAAUAUCAGACUUUCAUUUAUAAGAGUUUUCAACAUUUUGGUAGUGCAUGAAGUUGGUUUUUUUUGUAAGAGUGAAACAUUGUAGUGUCUGAAGACUUUUUGUUAAAUGUUCAUAUUUUACAGUUUUGUACAAUGCAAGGGUACUUGAGGACAAGUACAGUUUUCAGUUAAAACAGAAGUGACGUUUUGUUGUAGUUUUCUUGAUUGACAUGCAUUAUGGCUAAGUGCUAAUAAAAACAUUUUGUUUGUUAAA